UCAAUGGAAACCUUUUGGAAAAGUAAUUUCCAAACCCGUCAUUUUCUGCUGAGAUAAUUAACGGUUACUCUUCCCUCUGUGUGUGUCAGGGGAAUGUCGAGGAAUGAUCAAAACAGGGCCGAAAAAAAAAAGAAAGAACACGAGCACUUAAAAGCAUUUUCAAACACUACAUUGUCUCAGCUCUGACUUGUGUGCGUAAAAUGAAAAGCGUACUUUUAAUCACUGUGAGUUAAAGAGACUGUACCUGAGACUAGCGAGCACCGGUCUCUGCUGCCUGUGGAGGGUUUAGUCUGAUGUGUUGGACAGUCGCCUAACUGAUCUGAUUUUCACAGACAGUUGGAAUGAUCUUCUUAUAGACGCUGAAUUGUUUUUUUUUUUUCCCUCCAUGCUAGUAAACUCGUUAUUUCCUCUGUGCUGCUUGCUGUGCAGAGCUUUCAUUGUGCUGCUUGAGUUGCAGGGCUCUGCUGCAGCAGAGAUAGUUGUUGGUGAGCUGGGGAACAUCACUUGCUUUAUUGCCCUCACAGAAGAUAGACCAUAAACGCAUUCUUAACCACCUACACCCUCCCCCAGUUCGCUGCAAAAGCAUGUAAAUUGCUCACACGCCGGAUAAUUCAAACACAAAUGGAAACAUGCACAGUGUGUUGAAAAGUCGAGAUAAACAAACAAACAAAACGAAUAUUAAUCUAAGUUUUCAUACAAUGGCGCUGCAUCCUGGAAAACAGCAUUGAGAUUUUGUAGAAUAUCUCUGCAGUGGUGUGUUAAAAUUAAAACAGAUUUUUAUACAUACACACGCACACAUACACACAUACACACAAAACCACCAAAACCCACGGGAAAUGGGUUUGCUUUAUAUCUGAUUACUGGCAUUAUUCAACCUAUUAUCUUGAUUUCACUCUUUAAAACCCAUCUUAAGUUGAGCUCAUGUGUGUUAUGCUAAUAUUCCACCCUGAUUUGACUGUGAUCCCUGUUCUGAAUGACAUUGGCCACAUUUUUCAUCCCCACUUCCUCUCCAAACACCACAUUCUCUAAAAACUUCAAGUCAAAAAUGCCUCAUCCAUCCAGGCUGCACAGACAGUGUGCCACUCCAACUCCACGUCGUGUUUAUCGGCAUUUAGCACUAAUGUUCAAGCUCUGAGCUAAAAGCUACACUUUCUCUUCAACUCCUGCCUCUCAAUUGGUGGAGACCGGUCAGCUGACGUUGUCAUAUUGUCUCUCACCGAGCCAAGCCUCGGCUAUAACACUCGCGUUUGUGCGUCUUAACCGGAGAUUGGAAAUUAAUAAUAUUGAAUCCUCAAAGUAGCCCACGUCCAGUUAGAGAGGCAGAAAGUGGAGAGAGAAAAAAGAAGAGCUUGGAGAAAGGUGUGGUUGGUUGACACAGACGGGAAGGAGAUUUACUGAGAAGGAGAUUGAAAAGAGAGCGAUAAAGAAGUGGGAGAGUUUGGAGAGAGGGUUACAAGCAAGGUAUGAAUUCGUAUUUCGCAAACCCGUCGCUCUCGUGCCAUUUAUCGGGUGGUCAAGAUGUUUUGCCUAACGUCCCCCUGAACUCCACCACCUAUGACACAGUCAGACAUUUUUCGUCGUACGGUGCCGCUGUGACCCAGAAUCGGAUAUAUGCACCUUUCUACUCCCCUCAAGACAAUGUCGUCUUUGGCUCUGGCAGGGCACAGUACGAGUAUGGAUCAAACGUGUUUCUUCAGGACAAGGACGUGCUCCCCAGCUGCAGACAAACUAACAUGGGACUCAAUUCACAAAGCCACAUUGCUCAAGAGUACAGUUUGGAUCAAGGAAGAGCAGGAUCGCAGGAGCAGAAAAGCAACAUCCCGAUCUACCCGUGGAUGCAGCGCAUGAACUCACACGGCGCAGGCGUGGGCUACGGGACAGACAGGCGCAGAGGACGUCAGAUCUACUCUCGCUACCAAACCCUAGAGCUGGAGAAGGAGUUUCACUUUAACCGCUACCUGACCCGGCGCAGACGCAUCGAAAUCGCCAAUGCGCUUUGUUUAACGGAGCGCCAGAUCAAAAUCUGGUUCCAGAACCGGCGCAUGAAGUGGAAGAAAGAGAGCAACCUGACCUCCACGGUGACUGGAAGUGAACAGACAGGAGCCUCUCAGGAAGAGGAAGAGCGCAGUGGCGCAGUGGAAGAAGAGAAGGAUGAGGACAAGAAGAAAGAAUAGUGAAAAAAAAAAAAAAAAAAAAAAAGCACCAUUCAACCCAACAUAACUACCUAAAAAAUCUACAUGGACUUGAGAGCGACUUCACUGCAUGAUGGCUAAACCCCGCAGCUCUCCCACUUAUACCCCAUGUUGACCACAGGAGUGUUGAGCCUCAGAAAUCCAAAUUAUUUCAGCCACAGUUUGGCCCCCUGUGACAUGUGGAGCGCUCAUGUUUUUUUAAUUUUACUUCAAUGUAACACUAGUAUUGUGAAAAUAAAGAGUAAAAGUAUUAAUUUCUUCGUUUUUCCCAUGCCAGUAAAACUCUGUGUAUUUAUCCCAAACACCCCAUCAAUCAAUGUGAACUCUUUGAUCACCUCUCAGAAUACAGUGUUGGUCAGACCUAGCUCAGUAUUGUACACGCACAUUCCACGGAAGGACCGGACACUAUCUGCUCACGGUAUAAUCCACUACUUGAAUAAUGCGCGUAAAAAGUGUCCUGCUGCAUAAACAUGAAAGUUGCACGGUUAUAGAAUAAACUCCACACACGUACACACACGCACACACACACAAUUAAAAUGCCUGUAUAUAACCCAAGUAACAGCAUAAUAUGUCAACCCUAUGAGGACUUAUGUGCAUUUAGCCGCUUAGACGCUGCAUAACAUACAACUUGCGCUUUUAGCCCCUUUUUUAUUUCAUGGUUUGACACAAUAGGUUUUCAUUGUGAGAUAGAUUUGUACACUUGUAAUUCUUCACUUUUGUUUGGGAAUUCAUGUUUUGUCAUAAAUGUGUAUCAUGGAAUAAAAAUAUUUGUAAAACUUUCA